CCGACUCGGCCGAUCGGUCCGGGUGACUACCUCCACCGAAUUGAUGCUGUACCAGACAGACUCCCUUUCGCCUUGUUCUCGCGAAUCGACAGCACUUCUACCCAUCAUGUCGCUCCCCAUGCCCCAUCUGAAAGCUGAAGGCAAAGCUACGCUGGACAAGCUAAUGCAGGAGAAGCUGGCGGAAAAGACCGUUCCAUUCAUGUUCUGGGCAGCUACCAAUGCUUCGGAAACGAUAUAUGAGAAUCAGGCCGGGUACAACAAGUGGGAUGAUCCUAGCUCCGGAGAAGUCAACAGAGACUCCACUCUGGAAAUGUUUUCGAUGACCAAGUUUGUGGUCUCGCUCGCAACCCUUCAAUUCGUCGAGAAUGGGACCGUAGCACUUGAUGACCCGGAUCAAAUGUACAAGCAUCUUCCAGAGCUUUCGGAAUUGCAAGUCCUGGAGGGCUACGACAAGGACGGAAAUGCGAUUUUGGUACCUCAGAAGAACCGGAUAACGUUGAGAAUGCUUUUGGAUCAUACCUCUGGCGCCGUUCAUGCUGGACGACACCCUCGUCUAGGUCAAUGGUUUGAAUCAUUGGAGAAACCCCUAGCGUGGAUAUUCUCGCCUGACGCAUCCAUCAAAUCCAUCAUGGCUCCUCUGGUCUUCCAGCCCGGAACAUCGUGGGCCUAUUCCUGCGGUACAGACUGGUGUGGCGUUCUAGUCUCUCGAUUGUCAGGCAUGUCGCUUGAAGAUUAUUUCCAGAAGAAUAUCUUUGCCAGAGUCGAGGGAGGAAUGCCCGACACCUCUUUCUACCCUCGACCUGACAUGGCGAGGCGUAAGACAGAGGUAUACGAUCAGCAGAAAGAUGGAAGCAAAACGGGCUAUCGAUUCUAUAUGGGUCGAGCGGAGACACCUGAACAAGUCAGUAAAGAUUUCUUGUCGGGUGCAGGGGGAUUAUUUGGGACAACCAAGGAUUAUCUGGCCCUGUGUCGAUCGGUCCUUCAGUGCGAUCCAAGAAAUUCUCGCAAACCUUCCAAUCCCAUCAUCAACCAUAACACAUACGAGCUGCUAUUUAAACCGUCUCUGACAUUGGACAAGGCGAAGAAGGAAGCGAGCAUCUUCUUCGGCAAUGAACAUUACUUGUUCUUGGACGCCUCUGAGACCAAUGUCAAUCAUUCAGUGGCUCUUGCACUGAGCUUGGAAGAUGCUCCUCAUGGCCGAAGAGCUGGCUCGGGCUGGUGGAGUGGACUGGCGCAUACCCAGUUCUGGCUGGACCCCAAAACUGGCCUCGCGGGCGUCUGCAAUACUCAAGUCGUCGCGCCGAACCCUCAUCCUUGGAACAAGAUCUACCAAGCUUUUGAGAGGACUCUAUACGAGAACAUUGAGCAGUAGACCAUCCCAUCCCAUCCCAUGCCCAUGAUAUGCAUCCAAUGAAAAUGC